AGGAGCCACGAACGCAACCGGUUCCCCCCACGAACCGCGCAACUUCCCGGCGAUUCCAACGGUCACUCCCUCCACGACGCCCGAGCUCGCUCGCCCGCUCGGAAAAUGACCGAUUCGCCAUCCGAGCCCGCGCCCUAUAAAGGCCGCGAGAUCCCGAUCGAGAUCGAGAUCGUGAGCGACGACGAGAUGGCGCUUCUCGAGACCGCCUUGACCACCGCCGCCGCCCGCGUUUCCCUCGCCGGAAAAGCCCUGCUCCCUCCCGUGUUUCAGAGAAGCGCCAGGUCCAUCGGGUCCGUCGCGGCCCUCUCCAAGAGGAGGCCGCCGGGUUGCUCCGAACCCGACCUCGAGGACUUCGGGAACCGCGACGGAGCUCCGGCGGCGAAGGAUGGGAACGCAGCGGCGCCGGCGUUCUUGGACCGGUUCAGGAGGAAGAAGGGCUUGUCCGUCACGGAUAUUACCGGCGCGGAGUGGUGUGAAAAGCAGAUGGAGUUUGUUCUCCUUUCGGGGAAGAGGAAAACGACGAAAGCUAUGAAAGCAGGCAGUGCUCGCCAUGAGAAGCUUGAACAAGAGUUUGUUCAAAAAGUUAAGGUACGCAUAAAAUCAAAGGAAGAUGGUUGCGCUACAAGGUUCCUGAACUUUAUAACAGGUGCUCAUCAGUUGUUGUUCGAGGGGUUUACUCGUGAAUUGCCAAUAACGUGCUUUUUAGAAGAUGCUUGGGUAAAGGGAGUGAUUGAUGAGGUUCGAAUGCCUGUCAAUGGAACUGAGAGAAACCCAAUACUGGUGGACAUCAAAACUCGCGUCCGAAAUUCACUUCCAUCUGAACCGCAAAGAAGAAAUGGAAGGUUUCAGUUGAUGUGCUACAAGCAUAUGUGGGAUAAAUCAGUGGGCGAAAACUUCCCCACUAAACAAUUCUUUGAUUAUUAUAAUUUGAAUCCUUAUCACAUUUUAUCUGAAGAUAUCAGGGAUAUUGCUGCUAAUGCAGGUCUUCCUGCAGAGAACCUUAAUGAGAUACUGAGAUACUACACGAACACAUGUUCAAUGCUACCCAAGGCUAAUGAUCAGCUGAUACUUAGCUCUCGAUGCAACUGGAGUUCCCUUAAUCGGCAUUAUCAUUUUUUUCCCACACAUGGCAAAGACUCUUAUGUGACUUAUACGAAGCAGGACUCGUCUCGAGUUCUUGCGUGGUGAACGGGAAGCAACAUACACUCCCAAGCAGGAGCGGUGGAAAUGCAGCUUCUGUGAAUUUGCUUCAGUGUGUCCCGCGAGGGCCAUCGAUGCAGCGACUUCUGGAUCUGCAGAUUUCCAUCAGGGCAGUACAUACAGUUGAAGAGGAAUAUAGUUCUGUUGUGCCAUGUCCCCUACAGAGAAGCUGCCUUUUUCGAGCUUCUUUGUUCCAUGCCUGCUUGCUGGAUUCAGUCUUGAAGUCGCCUUCUGGGCUUUGUUUAUUUAGCAAUUACUUGUAUUUAUCGUGUAAUGAUCAGUUAAUUGUUGUUGUUCAUUUUUUUUAAAUUCGUUUAUUGAUUAGUAGUUUUUUUCAAGAUACUGAGGUUAUUUAUUGCCCUUUAUCGGUCCAAUGUGUAUGGUUAGAAUCGAAAUUGAGAAAAUGUUUACUUUUUCAA